GAGAGAACAUACUUUGGAUGCAACUAAUAAGUUGCAUGCAAUGAUUGACCUCUAUUCUGGGAAUUUGGAUCCCACAGCACAUGCAAGUGAUACCGCAAAUGUUACAGCAACUGUUGGUUCUUCAAAACAAGUUCUCAGUCCACAUAUUGUCAGAGGGAAAGGGAGACCCCCAUCUCUGAGGAGAGCAUCUAGGAUGGAGAGAGACUUGCGAAAAGUUAAAGAGAAGACCAAGCGAGCACAGGGAAAGGGAAAACGCAAGCAGCGAGACGGAGAAGAUAUAUCAGUCGUAGACGUCCGCAAGAAUUUAUUUGGUGUCGUGCAAACUGAGCUUGAAAGCAUACCAGCUGCUGACCCCGUAGGUGCCCAACCCGAAGAAAGACUAAUGCAAAGCCAAGAAAGUAUGCAAUUUGGGUUGGUUGGAUCACAACCGCUAGAGGCUAUAUUGGAUGGUUCACAACCACGGGAAUGAUUCAAAUGAUUGUCGUGGGUUGAUCCCGUGGUGUACCAGCUUAUAUCAAAUGUUAAUGAUGAGUUGGCCUACCAAUAUUUAAGUCACACAGAUGUGAAUAUUAAUCUUGUUGUUGGUGGUAUUUUGGGAAUAUUUAUACUUGUUGGUGUAAACAUUUAAUUUUGCCUUUGAGGAUGAGGGGGGAAUAUUAAAGCAAGUUAUUUAAUAUUGAGGUGGUGAAAAUUUUCACCGGCUAUUAAGCAUCUAUUGUGUAUUAUAACAGCAUGUUAAAUUCUGGCAA